GGGGGGGGGAGGCGUCUUUCCAGUCCCAAGCGGGUUGGAUGAACAAUAGAGUUGACGCCCCAGUGGACAGGACGUUCCGGAGAUGGACGUCAGAGUCGACAAACGGCUUGGCGGCCGGGGUGAAGGAGACACGGGAGGCAUACGAUAUCGGUCCAUCUCCAGAUCAAGAUGUCCUGAUAUAGAGUUUCCGCAUUCCUUCUUCAGCCCGAGAUUCUUGCUACACUUGCACCCUGAAUUCAACCGCGACAACCCAACCUCAGCUCAGCCUCUCUAACUCUCACAAAAAAUGUUGCAACUCAUCUUCGCAUUCGCUGCCGUUGCGGCUGGCGCCAGGGUCUACCGCAGACAAGAAGAUUGUUCCUCCACCACAACGUUAGAUGCCCUCACCGUUACCAGGGUCGAGCCAAUCUCGAUCUAUAUCCUCCCUCAACAACUUCAACCCACAGGGACCAACAAUGAUCCCUUCACGGCAGUCUAUACAACAGUCUAUCCCACCUUCUGUCCAGAGUGCUCUCAGGGUCUGAGGCCAGAGACUUACACCAUCACCCAAACCUGCACCGGCAUCACAGGAUGCCAGCCAUCAGGCAGUGUCCUCCCUCCCGGCUUCACUACAACCCAAGCUACUUGCACCGACUGCCCGACACCCUUCAGUGCCGUCCUCACAAUCCCUCAGGCGACUGAUGCCGCCGUCGUCACAUCGACCUUCGUCGAGACCUUCACCGAGCCCGGCUUGACCACAACGCGCACCAUUGUCAGGACCUGCGCGAGCGAGCCUUGCUUGCCACAAAUCACCAACGUCCCCGGACGUGUCUCUACUUUCGAUGGGGGCCUCUUCGCCGAGCCGGUUACACAGACAGCCACAGUCUCGGUGUCAGUCACCGUGACCGACAAGUCAACUGCAACCGUCACUGCCGAUGCCGAUCCAUCCUUCCGUCCUGGCAGCUUCAACAGUGGUACCGGACACGUCGUCUCUUCAGACAAGUCUCUUGUUCUUUGCGUCAGCGCAUUUGUUCUUUUGUUGAUCAUGUCUUCAUAAGCGAGCGGGGAGUGUAUGCCACAGAUUGUGGAUGAUGUUGAUGGCCAUUAAGAUUCAUGAACUCUUAGCCUGCGGGUUUCUUCAUGUUGCUUUACUUCUACGGACAACACUUGAUACUACUUGUUUUCAAUACGAGCCUUUGAGGGCUUUUACUUUCUUUUCCCUGUAUAUAAUCUUACUUCAGUCCGGUACAUACUUCAUCAUAUAACUUUCUCCAUCAGAGAAUCUUCAACUUUGUUCCAUCUAGUAGAUAGUAGAUAUCCACAUAAUCAAU